AUGUCGAAUGUUGAUGGGGUCGAAGUUGUCACGGGUGAACCAGACCUCCCAGGCUGUGAGAAUCCGCUAAACGCGUUUGGGAUGGAAUCUGGCGCCAUACCUGAUGGCAGCAUCACGGCAUCUUCGUUCAUGACAAAUGGCUACGAGCCCUACCAUGGCCGGUUAAACGGAGCGGAUGGUCUCGGCUGCUGGAUGUCCUUUCAUAACCCCAUCCGGGAAUGGUUGCAAAUUUUUCCAGGCAACAUGGACGCGAGCACUCCUGUAUUUAACCUUCUGGACAACACAGUUGAAGCCCGUUAUCUUUUUGCAGGCAAUACGGACGAGAACACACCUGUAACCAACCUACUGGACAACCCCAUUGCUGCCCGUUAUGUGCGCUUCUACCCUCAGUCCUGGAGGCGUCACAUAGUCAUGAGGGUGGAGAUUCUUGGCUGCAACCCAGUCUGUCAGAGUAAGCUUGGGAUGGAAUCUGGCGCCAUACCUGAUGACAGCAUCACUGAAUCUGAGCUUGAUAGUAGUGCAUCGGGAUGGCCCCAACGUGGACGGUUAAACCAUUUUGGUGGCUGGGCACACAAAUACAACGGUAUCGGACACUGGCUGCAGGUGGAUUUAGGAAACAUGAAGCACGUCACAGGCACCAUUAUUCAGGGUCGCCAUCGGAAUGAACAUUGGGUGACGUCAUACAAACUCCGGUACAGUGCGGAUGAAAUGAUCUGGAAGACAUAUACCGGCAGCGAUGGCUCAGAUGAGGUUUUUCAAGGCAACACUGACAUGAUCACUCCUGUAACGAACCUAAUGGACAACCCAGUCGAUGCCCGUUAUGUGCGCUUCUACCCUCAGUCCUGGAAUGAUAUCCAAUUCGCAAUGAGGGCAGAGAUUUUAGACUGCAACACCAACAUCUGUCAGGUUCCACUUGGUAUGGAGUCUGGUGCCAUACCUGAUGGCAACAUUACGGCAUCUUCGACCAAACGUAAUGAUUACUUGCCCUACUACGCACGGUUACACGGACUAUUCGGUUAUGGCUGCUGGGUACCGCGUAGCAACAACAUCGGACAAUGGCUGCAGGUGGAUUUAGGAGAGAUGAAGCGCGUCACUGGGACUGUUGUCCAGGGCCAAGAAUGGGCAUAUCCACAAUGGGUGAAGUCGUACAAACUCCAUUACAGUGCGGAUGGGGCCAAUUGGACGACAUAUAUUGACAGCGAUGGCACAGAAAUGGUGUUUACAGGCAACACUGACAAUACCACGCCUGUAACAAAUCUACUGGACACCCCCAUUGAUGCCCGUUAUGUGCGCUUCUAUCCUCAGUCAUGGCAAGGUGCUAUCUCCUUGAGGGUGGAGAUUCUUGGCUGCUGCAUUGACAUGUGUCCAAUACCAGGCUACGUUAGUUUUAACAGGGUUUGCUACAAGGCCUUUAAUGAGUAUAAGAACUACGUUUGGGCUAGACAGAGGUGUGCCGAAGACGGGGCACUGCUGGCCAUGCCGAGGGACAGUGCCACAAGCGCUUUCAUAUACGACUUCGUAGACAGUAAAACAAGUUGGAUUGGGCUGACUGAUAUCGAGACAGACGGCCAAACAUUCAACAACAUCUAA